AGGAUCACGCCGUCUCUCAGCGCAUGCCAUCCAAUUCUGUUGGCACUCUGUUCGUUCAGACGCGGACUGUACCAACUAGCAAUUCAGCAACCGGCCCCAACCACGUUGCUUCUCAGCCAAGCCCUUUCAAGCCUCCAUCGGCUGGUUCACGGGCACAACUUCCGCACACAACGCGACAUUCGUAUCGUCCCGGCACUGAGACUCCAGAGCAUCGCACAUAUUCCGUCACCUUGGCAUCCUCCAUGUCCAGUGUCCAGACACUACCAAGUAUCUCCACUCCGAACCGGCUACACGGCACAAGUACCAUUGUUUUACCCUCUACUGAUCCGCAACGCGUAUUCGGUGGGGCACAUCUUUUCAGCCAUCCUUCCAAGACCAAUGUUUCGACGAGUUUGUCGUCGUCUGUUCCGGCGUUGGCCAGCAAUGCGACGAUGGAUUCGCCAUCGACUCCCUGUACUCCUGCCAUCAGACGAUUGGUUUGCCCAGCGAAUAGCUUAUUACCGUCGUCCCCUCCCUACUCUUCGAACAACGCUUUCAAUUCUGGCAGCCGUUUCAGCGUUGGCGGCACUGAAUCUCACGAUCAUCGGCCCUAUUCCGUCUCCCUUGCCUCUUCUGUCUCCAUUAUCCAAACUACACCGAGUAUUUCCACUCCGAACCGGUUACACGGCUCAAGCACCAUUGUUUUACCCUCUACUGAUUCGCAACGCGUAUUCGGUGGGGUACAUCUUUUCAGCCAUCCUUCCAAGACCAGCGUUACAAUUGGCAACCUUUCAACGAGUUUGUCAUCGUCCGUUCCGGUGGUGGCCAGCAAUGCGACGAUGGAUUUGCCAUCAACUUCCUGUACUCCCGCCAUCCGACGAUUGGUCUGCCCGGCGAAUACCUUAUUGCCGUCCUCACUCUCGGGUUCUUUCAACAGUGGAGCCAAUGUAUUAUGCAGUCCCAGUGGCAACAGUAACGUUGUCGUUUUCCAACGAGCUUUCGGUCGUAAGCCAACCGUUGUUGCUACACCUGCCAUCAAAAUCACCGCUGUUUCUUCAUGUGUUCCACAAUUCGGGGCAAUCAGCCAAACCGUUGCAACUCCUGCAACACCGAUGCUGUCCGGUAACCACUCGGUUCGUAUACUUGGCUUGCCAACUGGCUCAGUCUGUAGCACCCCGAUGACCCCGACCACUGCCGUCGACUCCAUGGACAAUCCUGAAACCGAUACCAUGUCGGAGCCUCCUUCUUCACAAUCUUUGGAGGAUUUCAUACCUUCUCUGCUGCAUCGGGCGUCCAGCCUCAGGGCUAGUAUUGACGUCGAUCUGGAUGCCGACGAUGUGGCGCCCGAAGAGACCGAAACCGCUGGUCUUUUAGCGACACCCACCCCUUCUCCUCUCAUUGAUCCACCGGGCUCUAAGGAGGCGCCUUCUGCCGUUAGCACAUCACAUACUCACACAGGAAACACUGUUCUUCCCGUAGCAGCCGGAACAAAUUCUUACAGCACGGAGGCGGCGGACGUUACUGCUGGCUUAAAGGUCGGUCAGCUCCGGGCCAUCCUUGGCUUAUCCUCUCAGUCGCUGUCCGAACCAUCCUCGGAUGACAACCCCCCGGAGAAUUCAGCCAUUCCAUGCUACUCCAAAUCAUUUUCAUCACACCAAGAUUGGCCCGCGGAGAAUGAGGAGUUCUCAUACGGUGCAUCUAGGCAUAAACGACCCCGAAUAUCUCCCAGCCCAGUCCCGGUCGUAUCCCCUGCGUUCGUACAGCAGAGCACAGACGCAUCAUCAUCAUGUAUGGUUUUAGACCGAGCUUUUGAUACCGAUAGUGUCGAUAACCAGUGUUGGGCUGUUUUAUAACCAGAUUUACUUAUUUCUCUGGCGGCUACCAUUUGCUCACCGGCGCUGCUCGUUUCGUUCUUCGUUCACAAACCCAUCCUAUCCAGUCCCUUCUUUUUUCGAAAGUACAAGACAGCCGAUGCUUUUCCCGUUUUCUUCCUAUGUUGUAAGCCUAAACCAUUGCAUAUUAAAGGAAAAUACUUUGCACUACGA